AUGCUCCGCGGUACGGCCAAGCGAGCUGCGAGAGCUGCGACAGACCUCUCGCAGUAUCCGAAAGUUGGCGAGAAGCUGCAUGGCUUCACACUUCUGCGGUCGAAGCAUGUGCCCGAGCUCGAGCUGACGGCGCUUCACUUGCGCCAUGACAAGACGGGCGCCGAACACCUGCACAUCGCUCGUGAGGAUAGCAACAAUGUCUUCUCGAUCGGCUUCAAGACCAACCCACCGGACGAUACGGGCGUGCCUCAUAUCCUGGAGCACACCACACUAUGUGGCAGCGAGAAGUACCCGAUUCGGGAUCCGUUCUUCAAGAUGCUGCCGCGGACCCUGUCCAACUUCAUGAAUGCCUUUACCGCCUCGGACCAUACCUUCUAUCCCUUCGCGACCACCAACGCCCAGGACUUCAAGAACCUCAUGGCCGUGUACCUCGACGCGACGCUCCGACCCUUGCUAAAGGAAUCCGACUUCACCCAGGAAGGAUGGCGUAUCGGGCCCGAGAACCCCCAAGCUCUUACCGCGGGAGCCGACGCCAAGCCCGAAGACCGGAAGCUCGUCUUCAAGGGCGUCGUCUACAACGAGAUGAAGGGGCAGAUGUCGGAUGCUGGCUACCUGUUCUAUAUCCGAUUCCAAGAUCACAUCUUCCCAGACAUCAACAACUCGGGCGGCGACCCCCAGAAGAUCACCGACCUCACUUACGAGCAGCUCAGGAAGUUCCAUGCCGAGCACUAUCAUCCCAGCAACGCCAAGGUGUUCACCUAUGGCGACAUGCCGCUGGCGGAUCACCUGCGCGAAGUGGAUGCCCAGCUCAGUGCCUUUGAGAGGAUCGGUCGCGACAUGGCCAUCCAUCGACCCAUCGAUCUCAGCAGCGGCCCGAGGGAGGUCCGGCUGGUGGGUCCCGUUGACCCGCUGGUUGACUUGAACAAGCAGUUCAAGACCUCUGUGUCUUGGGUUCUUGGGGAUACGUCCAACGUCGUCGAGUCAUUUUCACUCGCCCUGGUAUCCGCCCUCUUGACGGAUGGCUAUGGCUCGCCCAUGUAUAAGGGGCUCAUCGAGACCGGUCUCGGCACCGACUGGAGCCCCAACGCGGGCUAUGAUAGCUCCGGCAAAGUGGGGAUAUUCUCGAUCGGGCUGACUGGCGUCCAAGAGGAGGAUGUCGCCAAGGUGAAGCCCGCUGUGCAAGAAAUCCUCCGCAGCGUGCGCGAGAAGGGCUUCGACCGGUCCAAGAUUGACGGCUACCUGCACCAGCUCGAGCUCAGCCUCAAGCACAAGACGGCGAACUUCGGCAUGUCCCUGCUACACCGCCUAAAACCGAAAUGGUUCACGGGCGUCGAUCCGUUCGACUCGCUUGCGUGGAAUGACACGCUAACUACCUUCGAGACCGAGUACGCCAAGGGCGGCUAUCUCGAGGGGCUGAUGGAUAAGUACUUGUUGAACGACAACACGUUGACCUUCACCAUGGCUCCGUCUCCCGAAUAUGUGCAGGAGCUUGCAAGAGAAGAGGAAGCCCGCCUGAACAGCAAGAUUGCAAAGGCCGUCGAAACCGCGGGCGGCGAGGAGCAGGCUCGCGCUGCGUUCGAAGCACGGGAGUUGGCCCUGCUGGCCGAACAGGGCAAGUCUAACACUGAGGACCUCAGCUGCCUACCCAGCGUGCACGUUGAGGACAUUCCGCGCCAAAAGGAGCCAGUGGUUCUGCGGAGGGAGACGGUGGGCGACGUCAAGCUCCAGUUGCGCGAAGCGCCCACCAACGGGCUGACCUAUUUCCGCGCCAUCAACACGUUGGACAAUCUUCCCGAUGAACUUCGCUCUCUCAUUCCCCUCUUCACCGACUCCAUCAUGCGCCUCGGCACAAAGGACAUGAGCAUGGAGCAGCUCGAAGAUCUCAUCAAGCUCAAGACCGGCGGUGUAUCUGUCGGCUACCACUCGGCAUCGCGCCCGACAGACUUCCGGCAGGCAGACGAGGGCCUUUCCUUCUCUGGGAUGGCGCUGGACCGCAACGUAUCGGUCAUGUUCGACCUGCUGCGCAAACUGAUCGUCGAAACGAACUUUGACAGCCCGGAGGCUGCCCAGCAGAUUCGGCAGCUUCUGCAAGCGGCUGCUGAUGGCGUCGUCAACGACAUUGCCUCGUCCGGACAUGCCUAUGCUCGGAGGGCUGCGGAAGCCGGCCUGACCCGCGAGGCCUUUCUCAAGGAGCAGGUCAGCGGUCUGACCCAGGUGAAGCUAGUGACGAGUCUGGCAAGCCGGCCCGAAUCCGAUCUCCUAGAAGACGUUAUUGCGAAGCUGAAGACGAUCCAGCAAUUCGCCUUUGCGGGCACCAUGCGAGCCGCCAUCACUUGCGAUAGUGAGAACGUUGCCAACAACACCAAGGCGCUUUGCAGCUUCCUGGACUCCAUCUCCUCGCGCAACGUCAUCUCCCCGCCACGACAGACUCCACGGAGCUUCGCGAGGAACAUCAAGUCGUUCUACCCCCUGCCGUAUCAGGUAUACUAUGGCGCGCUUGCCUUGCCGACCGUGUCGUACACGUCGCCUGACCAGGCUCCUCUCCAAAUCCUGGCCUCUCUUCUGACCCACAAGCACUUACAUCACGAGAUCCGCGAGAAAGGCGGUGCGUACGGCGGCGGCGCAUACUCACGCGCCGUCGACGGUAUCUUUGGCUUCUACUCGUACCGCGACCCGAAUCCAGUCAACACUAUCAAGAUCAUGCGGGACGCUGGCCGCUGGGCUGUUGACAAAAAAUGGUCUGACCGUGACCUCGAAGAUGCGAAGAUCUCGGUGUUCCAGGGUGUCGACGCGCCUCGGGCGGUCAACGAAGAAGGCAUGAGCAACUUCGUCUACGGCAUCACCGAGGAGAUGAAGCAGCGGCGUAGGGAACAGCUCCUCGAUGUCACCAAGGAUCAGGUCCGCGAGGCUGCGCAGAAGUACAUCGUCAAUGCGCUGAACAAGCAAGAGGAUCAUCUUGUCUUCCUGGGCGAGAAGCGGGAUUUUGUCGAUGAGUCCUGGACCAUCAACAACAUGGACAUCAACGGAAGUGCUUAA